AUGUACGUUAUACACAAAGGUAUACAAAAGUUGGCAAGCAGUAUUGUUAACGGUUUCUACGACGACGUCGUUCACGAGCAAACACAUUCCCACGCAGCACCAGUCGACCUCGAAGAUCGAGACUACGAAAUGGAGGAAGACGAAUUCUACUACCUCAUGCCCGGGUUCCGUCUCGAUACACUCACAAUACCUCGCCUGCGCGCGAUCCUUAUCUACCUAAAUAUCCCUUAUCCUACCUGCGCAAAAAAGGACGAGCUACUCCGGAUAAUGGAAGAAGAAGUUCUACCGAAGACGAAUGACAUUCUUGAAGCACAAGUGAGGGCUCGGCGAUUGGGCAAAGACGCCAGAGUCGUUCUCCUCGAGGAAGGUGUCAUACCUAGAUUCAGCCGUCCGGGUUCGUCUCCGGAGUUUGCUAAAACGUCUGCACUAGAUGGCCACAGAGAUGGCGACAAAAAAGGUUUAUGUCUUUCUAACAUGACAAAUGUGGAGUCCAAAGCACGGAAAGACACUUCCAGAUCUAAAUCAGCGCCCACCCUUUCCACUUUCCAAAGAUUCCGGGGGUCCCAUUCCCAGACCUCGAAGAACACUUUCACCAACGCCAUACUGGAUGCUUGCAGUUUCGGGCCAUGUGGAAACUUCGUGUCGACCCAUUUGCUCCAAGAUUUGGGCAUCAGCCUGCCUCCGGACGGUGUAAUUGAUCUAACAAUUGAAGCGGUUGAGGAAGGCCCAGUCCAGGCAGGGCUCACUUACCGGGAGCGCUUCAAAGUUACAACCAACGAGGUAGAGACCUCCUGUUGGGACGCGAAUGGAUUGAAGGCCGUUGGGAAGACUGCACCUUUUAUACCUUGA